UGUAGUCCCAGCUACUCGGGAGGCUGAGGCAGAAGAAUCACUUGAACCCAGGAGGCAAAGAUUGCAGUGAGCCAAGAUCGCGCCACUGCACUCCAGCCUGGGCAACAGAGCGAGAUUCUGUCUCAAAAAAAAAAAAAAAAAAAAAAAAAAGGAAGAGUUAAUGGAUGUGGCAAACUUCAUUGUUGUCUUAUUUUAAGAAAUUGCCACAGUCACCCCAGCCCAAGAAACCACCACCCUGAGAUCAGUCAGCAGCCAUCAACAUGGAGGCAAGACAUAAGAACACCUACCAAAGCAGGACCAUUCAGUGGCGAAGGAUUCUACCCCGUGCCUCUGAGUACCACUGGCCCCUGGCUUACGCUGGUUUGGGUUUCUUGUUCCUGAGGAGAUUCUUUUUCUGUCUGGGAUGGAAGGGAAAUCUCAUAGGUUCCUAACAAUAAGGAUGUCCUGGGAGGGAGUGAACCAAUUCAUACUUGAUUAACAAAAGAACAAAGGACAGAAAGGAAAGGUUGUCAGAAGACGUGGGUUCCUGGUCUGGUAUCUGCUGCCAGCCUGCCAUGUGGCCUGAGGCAGUUUCCAGUGGUUGUGGUUUUUGCAGUGGCAGAGAUGUUGCGUUUUUGCAACCAUCAGCACAUGGUGGUUCUUAGUAAAAUACAGCCCAUGGCUUCUCCUGCCUGCCACGCAGGGUUGUUGUGAGCCUUGCUCGUUCCAGCUUGGCAUCUGCUGUGUGGGGUAUGGGAAGCCUCACCAAACUAUCAGGGAGCCCCAGGAGCCACAGGCAGUUCAGCCAGGAUGGCUGUGAGUAGCCUAGGGUGACGGAGGAGCUGCCCAUGGCCGGGGGCCGGAGGAGGCCACCCAGAGGAAGGCACUUGUCAGCAGAGACCUGAGGGGUCACCAGGACCCUUGCAGGUGAGGGGAGCAUGUGGCAUUAUUAGGGCAGUUAGAACUCUGCAAAUGCUCAGGGAAAGGUCAGAUGUUCCUGAAUAUUCCCGGAGGAACCACUACCCAGGGACCCCUGUGUUGCUUUGGGGCCACAGCCAUAGGAUCCUUUAGCUCUCCAGUGAGACUGAGCUGCUUCUCAACUCUGUGUCUGAGCAGGGGCAGAUUUUGGAGACAGGAUUUCCCCAAGCACCACAGCCCAACCCCGGCCUCCUGUGACUUGACCUCAAGGUGGUUUUGCGUUUCCUUCAAAGAUGUGGGGAGAUAGCUGGAGCAGAGGAAAGAAAAGGGGCAGCAGCCCCUGUCAAAGGGAACAGGAAGCAGUCCACGGAGGGUGACGCCCUAGACACACCUGCAUCCCCCACACCUGCUGGCGAGCAGAACGGGAUCCAGAACCCCACCUCACUGGAGGACUCCCCCGAGGCAGGCGGGGAGCGGGAGGAGGAGCAGGAGCGGGAGGAGGAGCAGGCCUUCCUGGUCAGCCUCUACAAGUUCAUGAAGGAGCGACACACGCCCAUCGAGAGGGUGCCCCAUCUCGGCUUCAAGCAGAUUAACCUGUGGAAGAUCUACAAGGCAGUGGAGAAGCUGGGGGCCUAUGAGCUGUCCGUGGCCCUAGGAGGGAGAAUCGGCUGGCCGCUGCUGGAGCCGCAGAGCAGCUGCCAAACUGCAGUCUUUCGAGUCCCUGCGAGGGCGGCCGGAGCUGCAAGGACCCCGCCGCCAGGGGGCGCCCGCCGGCCGCGCCCUCACGAGGUGCCCUUGCAGGUGACCGGGCGCCGCCUCUGGAAGAACGUGUACGACGAGCUGGGGGGCAGCCCGGGCAGCACCAGCGCGGCCACGUGCACGCGCCGCCACUACGAGAGGUACGGUGGGGCGGGCUCGGGUGCUGGACGCCGCCUGCCCUGCGGGGCUUUGGCCGACCUUGCCUGGAGGGCCGGGUGGACUCUGCCCGGAGCUGGCAGCGUCCGUCCUCAGCGCUGUGCCGUCCUCAGAGCUGCGGGAGCCCAGGCUGGCUGGGCACAGUCACUGAGGGAGCUGAAGCUUUGGGACCAGGAGAGGGCCUUCCUCGGCGCCAGCGGGGAAAGGGGCUCAGAGGAGGCUGCAGAGGCCCAUGGAGGGGAUGGGCGCCGGCCUCCUGGGGGACAUGCGUGGUUCCUCCCCAGGCUGGUCCUGCCAUACGUGCGGCACCUGAAGGGGGAGGAUGACAAGCCGCUGCCCACCUCCAAGCCCAGGAAACAGUACAAGAUGGCUAAGGAGAACAGGGGGGAUGAUGGGGCCACCGAGAGGCCGAAGAAGGCCAAGGAGGAGCGGCGCGUGGACCAGAUGAUGCCAGGAAAGACCAAAGCAGAUGCUGCUGACCCAGCACCACUUCCCAGCCAGGAGCCCCCCAGGAACAGCACAGAACAGCAGGGCCCAACCUCUGGGUCUUCUGUGUCCUUUGUGGGUGCCAGCGGCUGUCCUGAGGCCUACAAGCGGCUCCUAUCCAGCUUCUACUGCAAGGGGACACACGGCAUCAUGUCACCGCUGGCCAAAAAGAAGCUCCUGGCCCAGGUGAGCAAGGUGGAGGCCUUGCAGUGCCAGGAGGAGGGCUGCCGCCAUGGGGCAGAGCCCCAGGCGUCCCCAGCUGUUCACCUCCCAGAGAGUCCCCAGAGCCCCAAAGGGCUGACUGAGAACUCCAGGCAUCGGCUGACCCCUCAGGAGGGAUUGCAGGCCCCGGGUGGCAGCCUCAGGGAGGAGGCGCAGGCGGGCCCCUGCCCGGCAGCCCCCAUCUUCAAGGGCUGCUUCCACACCCACCCCACCGAGGUGCUGAAGCCUGUCAGCCAGCACCCCAGGGACUUCUUCUCUAGACUUAAAGAUGGGGUGCUAUUGGGGCCUCCUGGCAAAGAGGGGCUGUCAGUGAAAGAGCCCCAGCUGGUGUGGGGCGGGGACGCUAACCGCCCUUCUGCAUUCCACAAAGGUGGCUCCAGAAAGGGCAUCGUCUACCCCAAGCCUAAAGCCUGCUGGGUGUCCCCCAUGGCCAAGGUCCCAGCCGAGAGCCCCACGCUCCCACCCACCUUCCCCAGUAGCCCAGGCCUGGGCAGCAAGCGCAGCCUGGAGGAAGAGGGUGCUGCCCACAGUGGGAAGAGACUGCGGGCCGUGUCUCCCUUUCUUAAGGAGGCGGAUGCCAAGAAGUGUGGGGCCAAACCUGCAGGGUCCGGCCUGGUCUCCUGCCUUCUGGGCCCAGCCCUGGGGCCUGUGCCUCCAGAGGCCUACAGGGGCACCAUGCUGCACUGCCCGCUGAACUUCACUGGCACCCCGGGCCCCUUGAAGGGCCAGGCUGCACUCCCCUUCAGCCCCCUGGUCAUCCCGGCCUUCCCGGCCCACUUCCUGGCCACUGCAGGCCCCUCGCCUGUGGCCGCUGGCCUGAUGCACUUCCCCCCAACGUCCUUCGACAGUGCCCUCCGCCACAGACUUUGCCCGGCCUCAUCUGCCUGGCACGCACCACCAGUCACAACCUAUGCAGCGCCCCACUUCUUCCACCUCAACACCAAGCUGUAGGCCAGCCCAUGGUGUUGUGUACACUGUGGAGUCGACAGGGGCCUACAACAGGCAGAUGCUGCUGCCAGGGGGCUCUGAACUAGUGCCUGCUACGCAGGACACCCGGGCCAUGCCCCUGGCUGGGCAGCCUGGCACAAGUGAAGAAGGAGGCAGUGGGAAAACUGUGUUUGUCUCAAGGCAGCAGCCUGAACCCAGGAGCAGAGGACCCAGUUUUUAUAAGGCCCUGGGAGAGGGUGGGCAGCUCCCACUGCCCCAAAGCAGAGCUGGAAGCACCCAGGUUGCCUACGGAAAAUCCAAUAAAAAGACACCAGUGUGAAUCCA